CAUUGGUAAGGUCUGAUAUAAUUGAGUGUCACAGGUUAUAGUCCAUUCUGGUUAGAAAGUGUAGAAAACACUGGCACAAUUGUACUGUUGGACAUUUAAAGGAUGGCACCUCAGCCUCCUCCGAAACCAUGGGAAAGACGGAUUCCAGGCACUAUUCCUACACCGGCUGCUUUUCAGUCUUCAGAUUUAGGACCUAGUGUUCUGACAAGACCAGGCCCCCCUGUCCUUGCCAGAGCCCCUCCACCAGUUCCCCCGAGAUCAAUGCAGCAGAUUGGAGGCAGCAGCCUGACAGGCUACAGACCAGCUUACAGCUCCCUUCCUUCUUCAUAUAGUCCCUAUGGGAGCUCAUUAUAUGGCGGUAUUGGUGGCUACAGCCCGUUAAGCUAUGGAUAUGGGGGAGGCCUGGGGUACAACCGGUUUCGAAACGAUGAAAUUCCAGCCAGCCGGUUUGUGCAGCAUGCGGAAGAGAGCAGUAGAGGGGCCUUUCAGUCCAUUGAGAGCAUCGUCCAUGCUUUCUCCUCCGUUAGCAUGAUGAUGGAUGCUACCUUUUCAGCCGUUUAUAACAGUUUCAGAGCGGUGUUGGAUGUGGCCAACCAUUUCUCAAGGCUCAAAGUCCAUUUCACCAAAGUGUUUUCUGUAUUUGCAUUGGUCAGAACUCUGCGCUACCUGUACAGGAGAUUGCAGAGGCUGAUGGGCCUGCGGAGAGACUCUGAGGCAGAAGACCUGUGGUUGGACAGCACCGGGUCAGAGGUUGCUGCUGGAGCCAGUGCUGCUAAUUCUGUCAAAUCCUGGCCAAUCUUCCUGUUUUUCGCUGUUAUUCUUGGAGGACCUUACCUCAUAUGGAAGCUGCUAAGUUCGGUUGACGGGUCUGAGGAAACAGGUUCCACAAACUGGUCGAAUGGAGAUGAUGAUCAUGUGGUUGCAAGGGCAGAAUAUGACUUCAGUGCUGCCUCAGAAGAAGAAAUUUCUAUUUGUGCUGGGGACAUGCUGAAUCUGGCUCCAAAGGAACAACAGCCUAGAGUACGUGGCUGGCUCUUGGCUAGUCUGGAUGGCAAAACAACAGGACUUGUUCCAGCCAACUAUGUUACAAUUCUUGGGAAAAGAAGGGGAAGGAAGCAAGCAGAACAGGAGAGGAUCGCAGAACAACAGCAGGUGUUUAACAACACACAGCAAACUGCAGGAGCAGUGAGACAAGCUGAGACCCUGGCAGACCAGGAGGUAGCAUUCGAGUCAGUGUUCACAGAAACACAAGAAAGUUCAGGAGUGCUGUCCAGUCCAGAGUCUGUGGUUGUUAUUCCUGAUUAAUUAGGUCUAUGAAAUAGCACAUCACAAAAUGUUUUCUUUCAUGUAUUUAAAGGGCUGAAAAUACCCUGGGGGAGUUGCUGUGCUUAAAUUUAAACUAUUGGUGGAAAUGGGAAUCUACAAAAAGGCAGAACAGCCACCUAUGAUGUAAAAAAUAAUUGAAAUAAGUUGCAUCAGCCUGUUCAAAACUAUGUAAACUGGUCAAAUUUAGAUUUUAGUAAACAAAGAAUAUAAUAACUGCAUUCUCAUAUGCAGCAGACUUUUGUUUUACCAAGCCACACAUACAGUAUACAGCUAUGGCCAAAAGUUUUGCAUCACCCUAUAGAAUUAACUAAUUUUGCUUCAUAAAAUUUAAAUAAAACCUGCUGAAUAAUGUUACAUUAACAUAUUGAAUUACAUUUCGAAAUCUAACAUAAAAUACUGUACUACUACAAUGGCUUCUGGUAGACUUUUGUGAUAUCAUUUUGAUUACAUGAUGUUAAAUAUAAUAUCUAAAUGAUGUUCAUAUCUUUAUUUUUAUUGUUAUUUUUUAAUAUAUCUCAAUCCUAAAAUUCUAGGUGAUGCAAAACUUUUGGCCAUAACUGUAGAUUUAGACUGUCAUGGAAGUAUUGAUUAGUGCUUUACAUCCUCAUAAAAGAAAAGCCCUAUCAAAUCAUCACAUUUUAUACCUGUGUAAUUUACAAGAAGCAAUAUGUUGUACUUGUUCUGUUUUAUGCAAGUCAGAAAAUUACAUCCUGUAAAUUCAUGUUUUUGUCUGAAAGUUUGGAGGCUUUCAUAAGUAACAAGUUAACUCAAUGCAGAUCUUUUUUCUCACAACAUGUAAUGAACAGAGGGUCUACUUAUUCUUGUGAUAAUACGGCAGAUCUAAAAACUAUAGCAAUCAUAUUUCCAUUUACAUUCAUUUGAGAGUUAAUUUCUGCAAAUUGUCAGAAAAGAUGACUUGCUUUUAUUUUAUAUGCAUGGUCUUCACUGCAUGAACAAAUGAUGAGUGAAAGUGUGAGAUCUGUAAAACUAGUUUUAGGGAAAAAAUGUAACUGCUCUCUAAAUGUAGAUAUCAAUUACUGAAACCUUACUAAAAUAUAUAUUUGACAGUUUUAGAAAUUGUCUGUGCUUUCACUAUUGUAAAUGUUUUUGCCACUUCUUAAAUAAACAGUUACAGUAUAAA